AUGCAAUUUCUAUACAACACGCUGCUGCAAUUUCCUAAAGGAAGUAAUAAUAAAUCGUAUAGUCCGAAGUCAUACCGUCGGACAAAUAGCUAAAACGAUGCACGGCGUGGGUUACAUUAUUAUAUCGUAUCUCGGCAUCUGCGUUUUAGUACGGUAGGUAUUGGUUUAUACAGUUAUAUUAUGUGUACAGUUCCUUGGCUUUUAUAACGCGUGUCGGUGCUGUGAGAACCGGUAAACAUCGCGGAGUUCUUAGCCUGUAGAUAGGCCAGGUGAAAUCCGUCGUUCGCCCACGACAGUGACGUUCUUGUUUUACUCGGCGACAUAUUUUUUACAUGGAUUCAGAACCACUACGCUAAGACACUGUAACUUCAUAGGAGUUAGUUUUCCCACUUCCCCUCUGAUUUACUUAAACACGUGAGCGUAUUUUGCUUAUGUACGUGCAUUCAUAACCGCUAUUUAAGUGUAUUGGUACCUCCUGCACAUCAUUCAAGUCAGUAUGCGUUCAACGCAGGCGUCUCGGUGAAACAAAGCGGUGACUGGUCGGAAUCUAUCGUAUAGAAAAAAUUUCGUUUGCGUUUUAUCCGUCGUAGUCAACUGGAUUUUAUUGUUUUUUAUCGACUAUUGGGGGGGGGGCUGGAAAUAGACGAUCUAGCCAUUUGGAGCGUAGUGUUUCGAAUGCGCGUACACGUGCGAAAUACGCUACCCGGCGGCAACGGCUGAAAACGUGUUCGGCCUACCUAUAAGUCGAGUAGUACGACAGUUGUACGAUGCUCGACUAGCGGCGGCGAUAAUGUGCGUAGGCGACGGCUGCCGUACGCGGUGAAUUUUUUAUAAUAAAUUAAUUGAAAACCCGAAAACUCGGCGAGUAAUUACUACGCCUGUCUAAUGUCCUAUCUACCUACCUACCCACAUAUAAUAUUAAUACUAUACGCAGUAGGUACCUUCGUUAAUAUACGUGAAUUAUUUUGUUGUUACGCAAACAUUUUUUAAAAAUUACCAAUCUACAUCGGGAUAAUAAUAUGUAUUUAUUUACUAGAACAAACACCUUGGCUCCCAGUGCUGACAAAUAUAGCACCACCCCACAUCCGGAGGAAAGAGGCUCUAGUCAACACUAUAACUUCAUGCCUAAACUACAAAGAAUCACUACUGUUCCAAAUGCUAAGGGAUAAACCGAUAAAUAGACUAAAAUCCAGNUUAUGGAAUGAAGAGUGGACAAAAUCACAUGUUACAAAUAAAGAUCUUAUUACUAGACCCGACCAAAAAAUAGAAGGCAUGUCACUACCAAGAAACCAAUGGACAACAAUAAAUCGGAUCAGGACAGGACAGGGAAGAUGUGGAUCUUUAUUAUUCAAAUGGCGCCACAAAGAUAGUGCUGCGUGUGAUUGUGGGGAAGUGGAACAGACCAUGAAACACAUCGUGGAAUCGUGUCCCAGGAGGUCAUUCGGACAAGGGACUGAAGGAAUCCACAAAGCUACCAGAGGCAAUAGAAUGGCUAAUAGAACUUGACUUAGACUUAUAAUUAAUUACUAUUUAUAACAAUAUUAUUAUAUGUUGAUUUAUUUUAUUUUACUUGCGUUUUCAAUUUAUAUAAUAUAUUUAACAGCUAUAUGUGUACUAC